AUGUACACAGGAAGAGAAGAUCCUCUUUCUCACCUCAAGUAUUUCCAAAUCCAAAUUGAUUUGCAAGGGGUACGAGGGGACAUGUGUUGCAGAAUCUUUCCUGCUACCUUGUCGGAAGCCGCCCAACAAUGGUAUUUCAACUUGGCCCCUAGAAAGUUCAGUUCAUGGAAAGCCUUCUCUUUGGAAUUCAAUGCACAGUUCUCCUCCUCUCUCACACUUUCGUUGGAUCUGGGAGACCUGGUUGAAGUCAAGCAAAGACCAGGCGAACCUCUCCGAGCAUACAUCAGCAGAUUCAUGACGGAUGCGACCAGAGUUUCACGGGUAACUAAUGAUGGAAAGUUAUCCGCGUUACUGAGGGGCAUUGAGGUCCAUGGUGAACUUUGCAAGGAUAUAAGGAAGAAAGGGUCAGUAGACUCAAUGAGUGAUUUUGUUGACCGUGUCGAAGGCUUCAUCAAGCUCAAAGAAGUCAUUCAACGAGCAGAAGGUGAGCAAAAGCCUUGCAAGUUGAAAGCUCCUUCAAUUGGAACGUCUGCCCAACUCCUCCAUUACCCAAAUAAUUCAAACUCAAGUGGUAAACGUUCCAACAACAGCCACAGGCAAGGGAAUGGGAAGUAG